AAGCCAUCCAGAGGAACAGAGAAUUUCAUCUGAGGUCAGUCAUCUGAGGACACAGGAAGUCAUGUGGAGGGUGGUCCUCACCGUCAGUGUCCUGUGCUGGGGCUCUGAGGGCCAAACUCUGCAGACUGUCUGCAGAGAUAAAAAAGGCAAUAAGGUGGACUGGUAUGUCUUAUACAAUGUGCCCAAACUGAACAAUGCAGGCCUUAGUGGUUUGGAGUAUUUCUACAUUGAUUCUGCUAAAUCUGAAUGGCUUGACCCCAUCAAUGAUCGUGAAGGUGUCCUGGCAAACACCCUGCAGCCUCUUCUUACUCACCAAACUCCUACAUCAGACUUUGGAUUUAUUUCCUAUAAUGAUCAGCCUCCAGAGAAGACCGGGGUAUCCCAGGCUUUUGGCCACAGUAAAGGGGUUGUGAUGAUGGAUAAAACUACUGGAGUCUGGCUGCUACACAGCACACCAAAGUUCCCCUACGACAGAACAGAAGGCAUAUUCUGGCCUGAAUCUGGAACAAGAAAUGCUCAGAUAUUUAUCUGUGUAACAUUUGCCUACAGCCAAUUUGACCAAAUAGGUGAACACCUCCUGUACAUCAGAGCCUUCCCAUUUGAUGCUUACAUUCCAAAUAACUUUCAUACAGUGCUCCACCGUGUUGUAAAUAAAGAAGACAUCAAUCCAAACCAAAGACCUUUCCUGGCCCAGGUGUUGACAUCAUCAGCUGGUCAAACGUUCAGAAGUUUUGCUAAAUACAGCUCAAGUUCAUGCAAUGUCGAAGAUCUUUAUCCUCUUAUUGCCGAGAACCUGAACAGUGACCUGGCUGCCCAGACCUGGAGGGGAAAAGCAGAAGAUAAGGAGUCAGACUUCCCUGAAGAGGGGAGUGUAGGCUGUUCAGAGGGGAGGGUAGGCUGUUCAGAGGGGAGGGUAGGCUGUUCAGAGGGGAUGGGAGACUGUUCAGAGGGGAGGGUAGGCUGUUCAGAGGGGAUGGGAGACUGUUCAGAGGGGAUGGUAGGCUGUUCAGAGGGAAGGGUAGGCUGUUCAGAGGGAAGGGUAGGCUGUUCAGAGGGGACGGUAGGCUGUUCAGAGGGGAGGGUAGGCUGUUCAGAGGGGAGGGGAGGCUGUUCAGAGGGGAGGGUAGGCUGUUCAGAGGGGACGGGAGACUGUUCAGAGGGGAGGGUAGGCUGUUCAGAGGGGACGGUAGGCUGUUCAGAGGGGAGGGUAGGCUGUUCAGAGGGGAGGGUAGGCUGUUCAGAGGGGAGGGUAGGCUGUUCAGAGGGGAGGGUAGGCUGUUCAGAGGGGACGGGAGACUGUUCAGAGGGGAGGGUAGGCUGUUCAGAGGGGAGGGUAGGCUUUUCAGAGGGGACAGGAGACUGUUCAGAGGGGAGGGUAGGCUGUUCAGAGGGGACAGGAGACUGUCCAGACAGAUGGAGAGUUUCCACUAUUCUUGAAAUAAAGAUGAUGCGUAACAUGGACCAGGAGGUUUCAUGGAGCAGUGGCCAAGAUCAUUCUAAGUGGUGUGUGACUGAGGAUCAGAAUAAGCCAUGGACCUGUAUUGCUGAUUUGAACAGAGAAAAAACGCAGUACAAGAGGCCGGGGGGGGCUCUAUGUAUUGAUAGCAGAGAUUUAUGGCAGACGUUUACGGAUUUCAUUAAGAAUAAAAAAAUUAAAAAAGUAGUUCAAUUCUGUCACAUUUCUGAAGCCAACAGUUCAACCCAAGUGGGUAUUAUUAUAAUUUUAUUGAUACUACUGCCAUCAAUACUUAUCGUUUAUGUACUUUAUCGAUACUUUUAUCAGUUCUUUUUUAUUUUUUUUAAGAAAAAAGACAAUAAAUAAUAAUAAUAACAAUUGCUUUAUUCACUUGUAUAACAAUAUUCUUUCCUCAGCAGCAACAGCAACAAUGUUUUAAUUCACUAUUCCAGGCUCUGUAAUAUCUCACCGACAAAAAACAAAUGUUAAAUAAAUGAAUAAAGUAAACAAUAUUCUAUACAGCAGAAGACUGUAAUAACAAAUAUAAUGUAGGACCUAUAAAACUGUCGUCCUGGACUGGAGUAAAAGGUAGCCGAACAACACUUGAGAGCAUUUUUGUGCGUUUCGUUCCCUAAACAUGGAGGGCAUUUGGACAUUCCAAAUUAGGGUGGGACAGAGAGAGUGAUCUGUAUCUGGAUGUCUUGUCGGAAUAAUGAAAAAUGCACGAUGUAUACGGGGUCAGACAGAGAAAGCGGCGAGAGUAUGUUGGCCAUAUUUCUAGGAGCAAAAUAAUCUGAUGGUGUUAGUAUUCUGACGUUAAUAACUGUGGACUUGUUUUUCCGAUAACGAGCGUAACGUUAACGAGGUUGAGACGGCCAUGUUAUUUUGGUUCUGCACCUAGGGUGGUGGCGCUGCAGCCGAUUUGCUCAAGCAGUUAAAACACAGCACUGCUUCGUGCUUAUGACCUGCUUGUGAGUGUUUCAUUAGAGAGCUGGUAUUACCUCCCUAACACGCUACAACCGUUUGACAUAAAUUGCAUUCAGCUUUAUUUUCUUACACUUUUUUUUUUUUUUUUUUUUUUUUUUUUUUUUUUUAAGUGAGCACACUUUGGGGCGUUUUAACCAGUCCGUCAAGACUGGAUCGCACAGAGUGUAAGGAGUGAACAAACAAUGGAAAUAGCUUAAUCGAAUGUCAUCAGCAAGAAAUGUAUUAUUGGCUAACUGCUGUUUUU